CAGCAGCAGCGGCGGCGCCCGGGGGGAGGCGGCCCCCGCCAGCCUGGACCAGCGGCCCCGGGGCUGCGUCUCCAUCCUCGCCCGGGCGCAGCGCCUGCCUCCUUCUCUCCCGGCAGCGGCAGCGGACGGGCGCCCUGAGCAGCUGCCGCCCCCAGCCCUCCAGCCGGGAGGAGGAGGAGGAGGAGGGGGCUCGGAACAAAAGCCCCCCGUCCGUCCGUCCGUCCGUCUCCAGGCGAGGAAGCGGAUCUCUCCCCCCCACCGACCGACCCACCCCCCGCUCUUCAUCCAGCAUCCUCUCCUGGAUCCCGGGGCUGCUACGGGGCGGUGGGGGCACGCGGGGGGAGCCAAGCCCAGCAUGAGGAGGCUGAGGAGGCUCGUGCAGCUGGUGGUCUUUUGCCCCCUUUCCAAGGGCCUGCAGAGCCGCCUUCCUGGCAUCAAGGUGAAAUAUCUCUUCUUUGCCUGGCUGGGCAUCUUUGUGGGCAGCUGGAUGGUAUAUAUCCAUUACUCCUCCUACUCGGAACUCUGCAGGGGACACGUUUGCCAAAUGAUCAUAUGUGAUCAAUAUAAUAAAGGAAUAAUUUCUGGGUCAACCUGUAAAGAUCUUUGCGAGGAGCACACGCUGGAGUUCCAACAAUGCCUGUCGUCUUCACCCACCCAACAGGUAUACAGCGGACUCUGGAAGGAGAAGGAGGUGAUAAUCAAAUGUGGCAUCACGGAGGCCUUGAAGGCUGACGGCAACCCGGACUCAGCGCCCCGGAGAGAUGUGGUCCUUUUCAACAAGCCCACGAGAGGGACGUCGAUGGAUGAAUUCAGAGAGAUGCUCUUGAACUUCUUAAAAUCUAACCUGGGUGACCAGGCCUCCCUCGCCAGCUUAGUGAACAGAAUCAUUGCGAUGGCUGAUGUCAGCCAAGAUGGGAAAUUGUCUCUGGCAGAAGCAAAAUCCAUCUGGGCCCUCUUGCAGCUGAACGACUUUCUUCUGACCUUGUCUUUGCACGAGAAGGAGCACACCGCCAGACUUCUGGGCCACUGUGGGGACUUGUAUGUCACCGAGAAGAUCCACCACACUUCCUUUUUCACCGUGGACGUCCCACGGUUCCUGCAGCCCCUGCUCCCUUCCGCUGUCCACAGGGUCAUCCACCAGUGGUUCUCUCCGGCCUGGCCACACCGUGCCAAGGUCGCCAUCGGCCUCUUGGAAUUUGUGGAGGAGAUCUUCCACGGCCCGUACGGGAACUUCUACAUCUGCGAGACGGGCUUCAAGAACGUGGGCUACAACGACGGGUACGACUUCAAGAUGGUGGACCUCCGGAAGGUGGCCACGGAGAUGGCCAUCCGGGGCUUCCUCAAGGGGCGGCACUGCGAGCAGAACGUGGACUGCACCUUCGGCAAGGACUGCGUGGCCCCGUGCGACAAGCUGAUGAAGCAGUGUAAGAGCGACGUGGUCCAACCCAACCUGGCCAAGGUGUGCCGGAUGCUGCAGGAGUACUUGCUCCCUGGGGCACCCCCUGACCUGAAAGGCGAGCUGCAUAAGCAGCUGAAAACCUGCACCACCCUCAGCGGCCUGGCGAGCCAGAUGGACGUCCAUCACUCGCUGGUGCUCAACAGCCUCAAGACUCUGCUAUGGAAGAAAAUUUCAAAUACUAAAUAUUCCUAGAGGCACCGC